AGGUCCAGCGGCAGCUGUCAAUCAGCGGCGGUUGCCGGGGCGACCGAGUCCCUUUGACAGCGGGUGCCCUGUCAAUCAAGCCGGAGGCGGUGGCGCAGGGGCGAGCAGCGCAAGCGGCCGUCAGCCCGGGCAUCGCGCUGUGGAGAUGGCCGAGGUUCACAAUCUUCAGGAGUUACGGCAGAGUGCCUCGUUGGCAACAAAAGUCUUCAUCCAGAGAGAUUACACAGAUGGCAUCCUGUGCCAGUUUCAAACCAAGUUUCCGCCAGAGCUGGAGAGUCGGGUUGAAAGACACUACUUUGAAGACACAGUGAAGACCUUGAACAGCUACUAUGCUGAAGCAGAGAAAAUCGGUGGGACAUCCUACUUUGAAGGCUGCCUGGCUUGUAUUACAGCCUACAUCAUCUUCAUCUGUAUGGAGACCCGUUAUGAAAAGGUUUUAAAGAAGAUUUCAAAAUACAUUCAGGAGCAAAAUGAGAAAAUCUAUACCCCCCGAGGAUUGCUGAUUACAGACCCAAUCGAGAGGGGGCUGCGUGUUAUUGAGAUUGCGAUUUAUGAGGACAGGUGCAGCAGUGGCAGCAGCAGCAGCAGUGGCACUGGGAGCAGCACAAGCAGCUGUAGCAGGGGCUGACAUCGGGCAACAGGCCAAAUGGCUUUCACCAAACACCGUGCUCCUUUCCCUUUUCCCUUCCUGCGGGAAAGAGACGUUUCGUUUGCAAUAACCAGACUUUUCUGUAUUUGAACAUCGCAAGCUCAUCAUGUGCCCCCUUCUCCAAAAGGUGUUAAGAGAAGAAAAGGAACUGGAGGCAAGUGAGCUGUUGACACUGUCCUGCUGACUCAGAGACUAUGCUCCCACCUGGAAUGUGACGCUGGAAAUGACUAUGUAUUUACGAAUGUUUUUAAUGUAAAUAAUGAUUGUUAACGAUAAGCUGAUCUCUCAGAUGGAGCUGCUCUCCACCCUUUCUGCAAUCAUUCUUGAUUUCCGCAUCCAUCCACCCAGUGCUGCCUCUGGAUCUACAUAGGAUUCAGUCCAGUAUGUGGCUCUUGCUCCUGGUCCUAAGCCAACUCCGAAGCCACUUGCCAACUCUGAAGUUUCAAUUGGGGUGGCAUGGUGGCUCAGUGGUUGGCACUGCUGCCCCUCAGCACCAGGAACCUGGGCUCAAUUCUACCCUCAGGCAACUGUCUGUGUGGAGAUUGCAUGUUCUGUGUGGGUUUCCUCCCACAGUCCAAAAAUGUGCAAGUUAGGUGGAUUGGCCAUGCUAAAUUACCCAUUGUGUCCAGGGGUGUGUAGGCUAGGUGGCUUAGCCCUGGGAAAUGCAGGGCUACAGGGAUAGGGUAGGGGUGGCAUGUCUGUGUGGGAUUCCCUUUGGAGCGUCAGUGUGGACUCGACGGGCCGAAUGGCUGUCUUCCACAUUUUAGGGAUUCUCUAAUCACAUGACCUCCUGCUCCAAUUGGUUAAGAAGCUUUUUAAAAUCCAUUUUUAGUUUUUAUACAAAAUGUUACCAAAGUCUUUUCUUGUCUUACAACCUUCAGGACAAGUGCAAGUGGGCGGCACGGUGGCACAGUGGUUAGCACUGCUGCCUCACAGCGCCUGAGACCCGGGUUCAAUUCCCGACUCAGGCGACUGACUGUGUGGAGUUUGCACGUUCUCCCUGUGUCUGCGUGGGUUUCCUCCGGGUACUCCGGUUUCCUCCCACAGUCCAAAGAUGUGCGGGUCAGGUGAAUUGGCCAUGCUAAAUUGCCCGUAGUGUUGGGUAAGGGGUAAAUGUAGCGGGGUAUGGGUGGGUUGCGCUUUGGCGGGUCGGUGUGGACUUGUUGGGCCGACGGGCCUGUUUCCACACUGUAAGUAAUCUAAUCUAAUAUCACAUUUCAAACACCAAAGUAGGUCAGCCUGAAGUGAGUUGGCAGCCAGGUUCUCCUAUUGUAAAAAUUGUUGUUCCCUUGGAAAUUUGGCAUUCUUGCAUUUGUCCUGAUGGAUGUAAGAUAAAAAGCUUCUACAUCGUGUGUUUCCUCUCAGCGUGAUCCAAUCGCUGCAUUACCAAGUGACUAACUCAAGAACGUUCCAAGCAUUUUAUUCUUAACCACUUGUUUUAAAUGCCUGACUACUGUUUAUCUCCUUGACGCUGCUCACGGCAUAGAUCUCUUAUUGCUAGAAGUGCCAGGCUGUUUCCAGAGGAGAUAUAUCCUGUGUGGGGAAUGCUCCCAAGUCUUUCUCAACUCCCUCCUCCCAUCAAAUGUGCUGACACUGCCCAGGACAGUACAAAGGUGGCUCUGUACUUUGAGAUUUUGGGUAGAAUUGCCAAUAGAAUUGUAUUGUCUUAGAUCCUCUGGAAACAGUUUCCUGGAUACCUGUUAAAAUGUAGCAUGAGAAAUAAGUAUAAGAGUAGGCCAUUCGGUCCAUCAUCCCUUUCUUCACCGUUCAAUAAGAUCUUGGCUGAUCUGUUUAUGGUCUCAACUCCACUUUCCAUCCAGACCCCAUCAUCCUCAAAUUUCUCAUUAAUCAAAAAUUAAACUUCCUCUUGAAUAGAUUCAAUGAGUCCCUUGCUGUUUAGGGAAGAGAUUUUCAAAGGCUAAAUCCCUCUGACAGAAGACAUUGCUCUUCAUCUUUGGGGGUGGCACAGUGACUCAGUGGUUAGCACUGCUGCCUCACGGUGCCAGAGUCCCAGGUUCAAUUGAGCUUGCACAUUCUCCCUGUGUCUGCGUGGGUUUCCUCCGGGUGCUCUGGUUUCCUCCCAAGUCCAAAGAUGUGCAGGUUAGAGUGAAUUGCCAAGCUAAGUUGCCCAUAGUAUUCAGGGAUGUGUAGGUUAGGUGCAAUAGCCAGGGGGAAUGUAGGGUAUUGGGUCGGGGUGUGUUACUCUUCAGAGGGUCAGUGUGGACUUGUUGGGCCGAAGGGCCUGUUUCCAUACUGUAGGAAUUCUUUUAAAAAAGUUCUACCUGCAUUUUAAAUGGGUGACCCUCCAUUCUGAAACUGUGUCCCCUCAAUCAUGAUCACCCACAGAGGCUUCUUGACUGUCAAGAUUGGAGGUAUACGCCAAUGGAACCUCAAGUGAUGGGUUGAACUUGAGUUGGUCCCCUACACUGGAAUAAGUGGGUAAAAAGUUGAAGUACAAUAUCGGAAAGUAUGAAGUUGUUGAAUUUGCAAAGGAGAAUAGUAUUGUAGGAAAGGUGUUAUGAAACCUGAAAGGGUUCAGAAAAGAUUUACAAGGACAGUGCCAGGGUUGAGGGCUUGAGCUACAGGGAGAGGUUGAACAGGCUGGGGCUAUUUUUCCUUGGAAUGUGAGAGGCUGAGAGGUGCCCUUAUAGAGUUUUAUAAAAUCAUGGAUAGGGUGAAUAGCCAAGGUCUUUUCCCCAGGGUUGGGGAGCCCAACCCUAGAAGGCAUAGAUUUAAGGUGAUUGGGGAAAGAUUUGAGAGGGACCUAAGGGGCAACUUUUUCCCCCGGAGGGUGGUGCGUGUAUGGAAUGAGCUGCCAGAGGAUGCGGUGGAGGCUGGUACAAUUACAGCAUUUAAAAGGCAGCUGGAUGGGUAUAUGAAUAGGAAGGGUUUAGAGGAAUAUGGGCCAAGUGCUGGCAAAUGGGACUAGAUUGAUCUAGGAUAUCUGGUCAGCAUAGACGCGUUGGACCGAAGGGUGUAUGCUGUACGUCUCUGUGAGUCCAUUUAAAUGGAGAAUAGCUGCAACACAAAGGGAUUUGGGAGAACUUGUGCUCAAAACACAGAAAGCUAGGCUCAGCAGGAAAUCAGGAAGGUUAAAGGAACGUUUGCCCUUCUUUCAGCAGUGUUGGAGUAUAAGAGUAGGGGGGUUUUACUGCAAUUGUACAAGGUAUUGGAGGACCAUGAGCAGUUUUGUUCCCUUUAUUUCAGAAAAAAAAUAUUAAUUCAUUGGAGGUGGUUCAGUGAAGGUUCAUUAGGAUGAUCCCCGGGAUCAAUGAAUUUUAUUAUAAACCAAGACAAAGCAGUUUGGGACUGUAUUCACUGGAGUUUAGAAUGAGAAGUGAUCUCAUUGAAACAUAUCGGAUUCUAAAGGGGCUUGACAUGGUCAAUGCUGAAAGGAUGUUUCCCUCAUGGGGCAGUCUAGGGCCAGAGGGCAUAAAGGACUGCCAAUUUAAGACUAGUAUGAGGAGGAAUUUCAUCUCUGAGGGUUGUCAGUCUUCAGAAUUCCUUGCCACAGAGAGCUGUGGGGGCAGAGUCCUUGUGUACAUUUAACGUUGAGAGAGAGAGAGAGAGAUCCUUGUUCAGUUGGGAAUGGAGGAUUCCAAGGGCAAGGCAGGAACAUGGACGUGAGGAAUGUGGGAUUAGCCAUGAUCCUGUGAAUGGGUGGAGCAGGCUCCCUCCUGUUCCUAUUUCUUCCAGCCAUGGGGAGGAGGGGAGAAAGUAAUGCACAUGAAUGGCCAAGUUGUAGACCAUCCUAAAACGUGGGUGCUCUCUGCUGUUAGACCCAAGGCUGUGCACUUGAAACACUCCAGCAGGAAGUGUAACCAUGAGAAGCUUUCUUUACAAUGCGAGGGAUCUGCGGUUAGUCCACUUCAGGCAUUGACAGUUUUCCAGUGACCUUGUCUUUUUUCUUUGAAAGUUCACAGACAGCCGGAGAAAGACUUCUUAUGUAGAACAGGAAUCCCAGUAAUUCGUGUAAAACUUUUGAAUGUCUGCUCCUUUGGAAUCCAGGUAAGCAGAGGGCUCCCGUUUAUCCCGCUCAUCAGGAUGGUCCCUUAACGCUUUACACCUUUGGAAGACUCAUUUGGAACAGUGUUCCCUGUUGUAAACGUGGUGACAGACCACUGAUGAUGCCAGGGAGAUCUGGCUGCUCUUCACACAGAGCAAAGCGAUUGUUUACAGGCAGCGCAACAAGAUGUGACACUGGUCCGAGCAACUCCGAACUCCAGUAGUCGCCCCAGCUAUCCCCUCGGCCUCAGUAAGGAAAUGGGGGUAAAAACAAUGACUGCAGAUGCUGGAAACCAGAGUCUGGAUUAGAAUGGCGCUGGAAAA